AUGGCUGAAGCACUGGUAAAUGUUCUCCUUGAGCGUUUGGCCACGAUCACCUUUAACAAGGUCGGAGAAGAGUUCAAUAUGGUCACCGGUGUUGAGAAAGAAGUCAAGUGCCUCACUCGCAAUCUAGAAGCCAUUAGAGCUGUGCUGGAGGAUGCAGAGCAGAGGCAAGUAACGGAGGCCACCGUCAGGCAUUGGCUGAGUGAACUGACUGAAGUUUCAUUCGACAUGGAUGACGUGCUGGAUGAGUGGCUCACUGAAGUUCUGAAGCGCCAGAUAGAGAGACAAGAACAACAAGGUGAAAAUGCUCCUGGUGUUGUUACUACUAAGAAGAAGGUAUGCUUCCCCUGCCUUUCCUCUUGCUUUUGUUUCGGCCAAGUCGAUGAGUUUGCUCGUCAUGAUAUUGUUGUGAGGAUUCGAGAGCUAAAUGAAAGAAUAGCUUCCAUUGACAAGGCAAAACAACGUUUUACCUUUGAAAAGACCAUAAGAGUCCCUGAACUACUUCAACGACCAAAAACUACUUCACUUCCUAAUAUUAAAACAUUUGGUCGAGAUUGGGAGAAAAACCUCAUCAUUAGCAAGUUGCUAAGUGAGAGUAGUGAAGAAAAGGAAGAUCCUCGUAUUAUCUCUAUUGUGGGGAUGGGGGGUAUGGGGAAAACAUAUCUUGCUAACUCGGUUUUUAAUGAUGAAAAGAUCAAAUCUCAUUUUGAAAAGAGAAUAUGGGUCUGCGUCUCAGACCCUUUUGAAGAGAUCAAGAUUGCAAGAGCUAUCAUUGAAGAACUAGAUAAAAAUAAUAUCUCAAAAAAUUCAAAUGAGUUAGAAACACUUAUGCGGUGCAUAUAUGAAUUGCUUGAGCGUGAAACAUUUCUCCUUGUCUUAGAUGAUGUAUGGAACCCAAAUUGUAGUCAAUGGGAAGAACUACUCAAACCUUUACAUAGUGGUGCCAAGGGAAGUAGGGUAUUAGUGACCACUCGUAAUGAGAAUGUUGCUGCUUUAAUGAAAGUAACAUCUCAAAAGUUCCAUUUGAAGGGGUUGAGUGAAGCAGUUUGUCUGUCAUUGUUCUUUUACGAUGCAGGCAUGGAUCAGAGUAGUGUGUCUAAAGAGUUUAAAGAUAUUGGGUUAGAGAUCGUGAAGAGAUGCAAUGGGUUCACUCCUUGA